ACUAGCUCUCAAAAUGAGCAAAUAUGAUUACGUGAUUAGUGAUCUGCCGAUAUACAAAGCAGCAUUACUUGAUGAUUAUGAAUCCGUGAGUGAAAUGUUGGGAAAAAAUCCACAACUAAUGACCAAGCAGAUCACAUAUUGGUGGGAAACUCCACUGAUUAUAGCCGUUGGAACAAACCGGUCACAUGGUUUUGUAGAGAAGCUGGUGGAGCGUAUCGUUGCGGUUGGUGCAAAGGACGAGUUGUUUGUAACGAGUUAUGGUGGAAACAACCCCCUUCAUUAUGCUGCAAAGGUUGGCAACAUCACCGCUGCAAAGCUUUUGGUCAAACACAACCCGGAUAUGACUCGAGUUGCAAAUCCUUACGGCAAUACCCCCUUGAAAUUGGCGGCUUGGCAUGGAAACAAGGAAACGUUGGAGUACUUGCUGACUGUCACUCCGGAUUUACCUCCUCCUGGUCAAGAAGCGGCUGGGAGUAGUCCGUAUACUGGAGUUGCCGGUGGUGAUCUCAUUACCCUCACAAUUAUGGCCGAGUUCUAUGAUGUGGCAUUAAAAAUUAUCGAUUCGCAUCCAAAUGUUGUGCUGGAAAACGAUAGGAAUAAGCAAACGGCUUUGCAAGUAUUAGCUAUGAAACCAGAAAUAUUUCCUAGUGGAAGCAGGCUUGGAUUCUGGGGACGUUUUCUCUAUUCACUGAUUCCCGUGGAGCAGAGUCAAGGAGCUACUAAAGUCAACAUUUUCUUAAGAAUUUUCAACAAGUUUGCAGCUGGAUUUUGGAGUGCUCUUAAAUACUUGGCUCCAGCAAUCAAGAAUAUCCAUGAUAUGAAAGUAAAUCAUAGGCUAAGCAGCCUACUUGUAAAACGUAUAUGCAAAGUUGUUAUAGAAAAUGGCAAUCAUGACACUGCUUGGAGGAUUCUAGGAUCUGCAAUAACUACAGCAGUCACAUAUGGGACUCAUGAGCUCAUUGAGGAGUGCAUAUUAACUUACCCGGGCAUUAUCUGGUAUGAUGUAGACGGCUUCUACUUGUUUCUUGCAGCCAUCAAGGAACGCCAAGAACGGGUUUACAAUCUUGUGCACCAGAUGUCUCGCCACAGUGUAUUUGCAGCAACCCAAGUUGAUAACGAGGAUAAUAACGCUUUACAUAUUGCUGCAACGUUAGCGCCAUCUCAUCGGCUUAAUGUUGUCACGGGUGCAGCUCUACAAAUGCAGCGUGAGCUUCAAUGGUUUAAGGAAGUUGAAAAGUUUAUUGAGCCAUCCUACAAAGAAGCCAAAAACAAACAUGGCAAAACCCCGAGAAUGGUUUUCACUAAGUCACAUGAACAAUUACUUGAAAAGGGGCAACAAUGGAUGAAAGACACAGCAUCUUCGUGUACGGUGGUAGCAGCUCUCAUAGUUACAAUGGCAUUUGCAGCUGCCUUCACUGUCCCUGGUGGAAAUCAAGAUGAUGGCAAACCUUUGUUCCAAAAUGACGCAACCUUUAUGCUAUUUGUCGUAUCAGAUGCCAUUGCUUUGUUUUCAUCAGUUACUUCUGUGUUGAUGUUUUUAGGGAUACUUACUUCACGCUAUGCAGAAGGUGAUUUCCUUUAUGCCUUACCAAAGAGAUUAACAAUCGGAGCCCUUUCGUUAUUCUUGUCGUUAGUAACGACUAUGAUUGCAUUCAGUGCAACUCUUGCACUCGUGCUUCGAGACAAAGUCACAUGGAUUGCGGCUCCACUUGUUAUAGCCACCAGUAUUCCUGUGUGCUUGUUCGGGUUGUUGCAAUUUCCUCUACUUGUGGAGCUAGUUAACUCUACAUAUGGACGGAGCAUUUUUCAUCAGCAAAGUGAUCACAGGAUUCAUUAGCAAUCUGGCCUACUUGUAAAUGGUGUGUGGUUUUUUGUGUUUGCUUGAAAGAAAGAAAUAAUGUUGCAAGUUGCUGUAACCAACUCUUUAUUUGAAGGUUUUAUUUGAAUGU